GUCUCUCGCGCUCCUCGCGUCAGUCGAAAAGCGGAGCUGGUGGACUCGAAAAGUAGUUUGGCCGACCUGGAGCUGUGCAUGCUCAAGUGCUUCAUACACGCCCAAUUGUAAUCGCUUAGUUAGCACUUCUGGGUUCGUGGGCCAAAAGCGAGAGAGUGGAAAAUGCAGACCAAGGGACUGCUUCUCUUCAGCUUUUUGCUCCUCGUCAUCGUCCAGCUUUGUCUUGCCGAUGUUGACGAUGACAGACAAAGAGGAGAGAUCGAACGCAACCGGCGGCGACGCAAGGAAGAGUUGAGGGCCCAGAGAAGGCUGCAGAAGGAGCAGCGGCUGGAGAAAAUAAAAAAACGCCGUGACCACCAAUCGCAGAACGAACAUGGCUUGCUACAACAGUACGAGGCGCCGCCACCUGUGCACAAUAGACACAGGGACAGGACGGAGCAGGCGAAUCUGAGGGCCCAGAGAAUGGAGCGACGCAGGCUGAGGCAGGAGAAUGAGCUCAAACGAUCUGGCAACGGCAGAAGGAGGAACAUGAACAGAAUUCUUAAGAGUCAUGAGCCAAACAGGAAAAAUGGAACUAGGCACAACUACGUCUGCCCCCCUGACUUUGUCAAGCUUGGCAACUCUUGCUACCUCUUGAGCAAACAGAUUCUUUCCUGGCAAGACGCUCACUAUUACUGCCGAGACAUGAACAGCCAUUUGGCAUCUCUGGAGACAGCUUGGGAAGACAGCACCCUCCGAAACUAUCUCGACAGAAGUGAACUUGCUCGUCUGGAGAGAUGGAUUGGAGGCAGAUUCAACUGGGAAAUAAAUAGGUGGAUUUGGGGCUCGUCGGGCAAGAAGAUGGGCUACAAGGGCUUUUCAAAGCGCAGUCCGAACGAGGACAUGACCUGGCACUGCGUCUUUAUGGACCCUGUUCGUCACUACCGCUGGACCCACAAAACCUGCUUUGAGGCCCUGCACUUUGUUUGCGAAGCUCCCUUGCAUAAGGAGGAGCCACCCAAGGACAAGAACGAGAUCUGAGGCACCUUGAUGCCAAGAACAGAACAGCCGUUAGCAAAAUAAAGAACCACUUGUAUUCAACUAUUUAAGCCCUCAGAGUGGGCCGCCACCUGAAUUUUACUUUGAACCUAUCUAUCCAACCUUCCAGCCAAACAUCUUGUCAGCUGGAUGCCAUUCUUCAAAUGUUGUAAGCUAUUUGAAAUUCCAACGCAAAGAUAAAUAAAAAAAUAACUCCUAGACGGGUAUGUUAGAUUAUAAAUAAAGCCCCAAUAAUAGUUGAUUAUUUGUAAAACUUAGGAUUUAUGUCUGUCGCAUAUUUAUAUUGUGUACUUUAACUGUAGAUUUCUUGUAUGUAUUAUAUUAUGGGAGACUCACGCUUUGCGAUCACUCAUACUUCUCGCUCUGAUGUCUGAUGGGAAGAAAAAAUUUCAAUGCCCUACCCUAGCGAGAAGUAGUGCGAGUUGGGAGAAAAGUGUGAGUAUGCCAUAAACACAAUGUGCUUUAAGUGCAUUGCAUUAAUUUCAAUAAAUAAUUAUUAAUUGCAUUAGUUACUUCUUAAUUAUAAUGCCACUUAAGUUAAACAACAUGUCAUAUUAAUGUAAUUAUUAAACGGAAAUAAAAUAAAACAGAGUAACAUAAGAAA